AUGAUGGUUUCAUGGAGUGUUAAGAAGAUUUUCCUCGUCGCCAUUACAAUUACACUUCUCUUCUGGAUCAUGUUCAAGUCUUACGUUAUCGAUUUAAACGACGAAUAUUACAACAAGAUAGUAUAUGGAUUCAUGAUAGAAGAGCGUAGAAUAAAACUAGUAAAGGUGAUUCUCACUACUGAUAUGAGGCUCGAAAUUUACUUUUCGCAUCAUCAUUUCGCAUCGUCCCAGAACCGACUACCAUGGCAAAAAUUCGAAUGCGAAUCAAUUUGUUUCAUAUCUUGCGUUUCUAAGGGCCGUUUCGGAUUGAUUUCAAAAGUAGUUGGUAUCAUAGCAGCACAUUGUUAUAUAAUUUGUUCUGGUAAAUUAAAUGUAUUGCUGGGACCUAUAUACAAUGUAGCCAUUGCAAGGGGCUGUUUGACAGCUCCUGGUACCAAGAAAGUUAGAAGAGUACUUAACGGCCAGAUGAUUGAAUCCUGA